AUGGGGUACUCUGCGGCGUUUGGAAACAAGUGCCAUCAUUUGGAGAGGAUUUCUGGCGUCGGCGGCGUUUCUCGGACCAAGGCUAGGUGCAUUCAAAGGCAGCGUGCCGUAUUUGGAAACGUGAAGUCAUUUGGUGCUUUCACGGUGACCGAAACCGGUCACUGGCAUCAGUUGGCGCCGGGGGGCUGAAUGGGGACAUGAGCGGGAUUAGCCGCCCUCUGCACUUGUCUUUCUCCUUUUUGGUUUUCUAUGAUAACAGGUUGCCCUAAAUCUCAACUGUUUUUUGUGAUUCAAAGCGGCUCAAACGAAAACGGAUUAUGUGUGAUUUGACCUGAGUAGAAUUUUACGUAUCCUUAACCAGUUUAAAGUUGUGUAGCUGAUUUCAAAACAGAGCUCUCUCUUUUCCGAGAAAGAUUUGAAGAAAACGCGCACCGUCAUAAAAAGUUUUGUACUGGAAAGUUUUACGAAGAUUUCUAAUCUCAUUCCUCGAGAUUUUUUUUAAAAUUUUAAACGAUGUCGAAAUGAAAAUUAUCGGAAAGUCAGCAAUCUGAUAGCAGUGACGUCAUAUAAAAAUACAAAAUUCUACUUUUUUUAAAUCAAGACAUUUAGAAAGCAUCACUUGAACAAGUUUGACACAAAUUAGGACAAAUUGGGGCGCAUUUUUCGACGAGAUGAGGUGAUUUUUUUAUUGUCUUAUAUCGUGACACACAUUUGGUUUGAAUAGCAAUGCCACAAAAAAAGGAAAUGUGAAACAAAGAAAAAAAGAGGAAUAUUCAGUUUUUUUCACAAAUUAGAACACUUAAGGAAGGAUUUCAAGCCGUUCUUUUUAUAUUUCAGUUGUUUGGACUUCAAAACCUGGAGAUAAUAAAACUUAAAGAAAAUGCCAUGAAUGCGAAAAAAUUCUUGAAAUUAAUCAUUGUACUUUAUGACACAAAAAAUUAGUAUAGGUCGAAAGAUUCGAAUUUGUACAUUCUCUGGUUUUUUGACUUUCCAUGAAGAUAAAAUAUUUCUAUCAAGGUGAAACAAUACAGCUGCUGAAAUUCUAAAAAUAGAAAGCGAUUGCAAAGCUGCGAAAAUCAAAACAAGGGUGAACGAAGGCACUUCCGAACAGGGAACGCCUGCCAACCAGGUUCAAAAGCCGGUUCAAGGAGUUAAAGCAUCCCGUCGGACCGAAGGUGCAAUGGUGCGCGACGUAACGCUCGCCUCAGCUCCCAUCGAGGUCACUGACUUUCCCUUUUCUUCAAACACUUCUUAUCCAUUUUAACAAGAUUUCACUACGAUGAAUAUGCGAUGGAGCAUGCGGCCACUCAUACCAAUUCCUUACUUUCGCCGCCGUCCAACCGGUUUCAUCUUGAGGCCAAGUAAACAGGACAGUCGUCAAAAGAUCUUGUGGGAUCGAAAAAUCAGUUUCCGGUUUCUUGUUUAGUCCAAAAGAGUACCGAUUGUAUUGAAUUUUUUAGUUUUUGCCAAGUUUUUUUGAAUAUCUCUACUUACAAAAAAAAUAAUUAAAAGGGUCCCAAGAGUUCAUUUUGAGGCAUCCUUACUUCAAAUUGUGAAAUUUCUCUCACUUUUGAUUACUUGCCAAGUUGAAGACUUGAACUCUCAAAAAUGAACUUUCACAUUCAAAGAGAUGAAGUUUUAAUUUGAGAAUCGAUACUUCGAUUUUGAAACCAAAAACCGAAAUAGCUGCAAUUUCAUUCUGAUACUUUAACUCAUGCAAACCAGAAAUCUCAGUUACUUGGAGACGCAUCAAUUAAUUAUUUCCUAAGUUGAUGAUGGACUAAAAACAUUUUUCCUGCUUAAAGGCUUUCCUCGAACAUUCAACUUCCUUUUUCUUCAACCAAAUACUUUUUAAAAAAAAAGUGAAUAUUUUGAGAUUGCCUAAAUGAAAGACUCCUUGUUUUUUUCAAAUAAAAAAACAAAUGAAAAUGAUUUUUUUGUACAACGGGAAGUGCUAUGAAAUUUCAGUAAACUCAAAAUCGCAAACAAAAAAACCACUUUUUUUCUUUAAAAAAAUUCAAAAAAAUUCUGAAAAAAAGUUUCCUGGAUUUUUUUCGUUGUUCUCAAUCAAUCUCUAAAGGCCUUUUUUUCUAUAGAUAAGGAAAAAAAUAUUCCCGAUUAUUGUUGUUUCCAAUUCAUAGAAAGUUUAAGAAAAAAUAAUUCAUUUUCUCGACUUAAGUUUUUUUUUUUCGAAAAAAAGAUAAACCAUUAAAUUUCCAGUAGCCGCUAUGAGAUCAAGACCAAAAAAGCUGAACUUCAGAUAGGCCAAAACUGUUAUAAGUCGUCAUGAAAAAUGUUUGCGGGACGGAAAAGGAACGUAGUGAAACACUAUUGAUAGACAGAUCUCUGGAAGCCGUUCGGGUACCCAAUCAGUCCUGAUAUCCCGUGUGACCCACAUGAGACGGUUGCGUAUUCAUUGCAUCGUGAUACGGCUUCCACAUUCCCGAAAUUGCCGUUCGCGAACGGUGUCCUCUUGACUCCAAACAUGAUUUAUCAUCUGAGAUUCUUAUCAAUCUCGUCUUUUGAUGAGUUUGGGACAGUUUUAAAGGAAAAGUAAGCUCUACAAAGUAAAUUUGAACUUUUUUUUUUCUAGUAUAUGUUAGAAAGUCUUGCGUUUGUUGCAAAUACGUUGAAAUAAAAGCUGACUUCUUCAAACGAAAAAAAAUUGAAUUUUUAUUGAAACCUUUUUUUUCAGUUUUCUAUUAGCGUUUAUUGUUCAAAGAUUCUAUCUCCUGCCAAAACUUCGCUGGAAAUAAUUGUAAAAGACUUAAAAUCUCUAAAUGAUAACACUCUCAUGCGUCUCCAGAUAUUAUCUGAAAGGUGGAAUGUACAUAUUUGAUCAGAUUCUAUUCAGGAACCACAAAUGAAGACUGAAUCUUUCUCCCUAAUCCAAGAAUCUCGAACGACCUUUCGAUAUAAGGCAACUUGGCGAAGCGUAGAAAAGCGCAAAGUGUUGAGAGGGAAAAUCGUGAAUCAAACACUUUUUCUCAUUUACAUUAGGUUCUCAGUUAUGAAUAUUCAUUCCCACCGUAGUUUUCUCGAUUGAAAAGGAGAAAAGGUCUAUUUUUUAUUGACUUGCUCAAAAUGGAGAAAAAAUUGAGAAUGACGUUGAUGAUCUAUGAAGAUCGAAUGAAUGAAUAAAAGAGAAAUAUUUUUAUGUCAGUUCUUCGAAAAAUCAAAGAAACUUUUCGAUGAGGUGAAAUAUGUUUUGCUCAGUGAUUUUCCCUCAGAUGAACACUUCUACUUAGUAACAACUAAAUAAAGUUGAGUAAAGGACGAAAUAAAACCCAAAAAUGGCAUGAAUCAUUGAUUAACAAAACUUAAACUUCAAACCAAGUGGGAAAAAGUGAAAGAAGAGUUUGAUUGAGAAAAAAAAUUUCGAAAACUGCAAAAAGUUGUUUCGAAGCAUUACUUUGAGGUUGCAAGUGUAAUCAGCGCCGCAAACUGGUUACUCAUUUAAUGUAUUUGAUUUGAAACAAACUGAUCAUGUUGAAAAAAGGAGCACCCGAUUUGAAGCAUCCAGAGUUCAGAAGGACAAAAAUCUGCGGAUCAAACAAAAGUGUUCAAAAAAAGAAGACAAUGCAAAAAAUACAGAAGCGCCGAUUCAACGGCGGUGUCGAAAAGGUAAGAGGCACGUAACUUCCAGACAAGAUCGCGCAAAAACCGGCCUCCACGCGCACUCGACUUCCACGGGAUGAGGAGAGAUCGCGAAAAAAAGCGGACCGACACAAUGCACCAAUAUAAAUGCUUCUGGUCCACUCACGUCAUCCGACAGCUUGUUGGCAACUUUAUGACGCAUUAUUCAAAGAAUCAUAGCUUCGGUCCAGCGGCUUGA